CUCCUCUUCUCUCAUCCUACCUAUCCUUCUUUGUCCCCUAGGAGUUCUGAACGCAUGUUACAUGUGCCCAACAGCUCGACUCGCUUUCACACAUCUGUCCACAAAAUACAUUAUUGAAAUCCCGUGCCUGAGUUAAGAGCUCUGUUGGUCCGUCCUAAGCUCUUCGUGUAUCAAAUCCACCUACAUGGCAAAUCCAAACCCUAUGUCGAGUGCGUCCUGGCGCGUGGGUCUCAUGAGACAGUCUAUUGCCUCGUACUUCAGCAACAAGAAGGAGCAAGAGAAGAGUGACGAUACCAUCGUUGAGGCGGCUCCCCGAAAUGAAUCGAAUGCAUCUUCUAGCAAUCACGGAGUCUUGGGUGGCGAAUCACCUGGGGAUGAGCUGGAGAAGAAUGGUUCCACGGAAGACGACCCCAUGGCGUCGCAUGGUCUUAAAGAUGGAGUUGAAUACAAGUCUAUGGCUUGGUGGCAAGCUGGAAUGGUCAUGGUGGCCGAGACGAUCUCUCUGGGCAUUCUCGCCCUUCCCAAUGCCAUGUCGAAAGUCGGUAUUAUUCCUGGUUUGAUCCUCCUUCUCUGCCUCGGCGCGAUGGCUUCAUACUCUGGCUAUGUCAUCGGUCAGUUCAAACAACGAUUCCGGCACAUUCAUUCCAUGGCAUGCGCUGGAGAGGUUCUCUUUGGUAAAUGGGGCGGAGAGAUUCUUGGAUGGGGGCAAUUCUUGUUUUAUGUCUUUAUCAUGGGCAGCCACAUCCUGACCUUUUCCAUCAUGAUGAACGCCAUCACAGGCCAUGGAGCUUGCACCAUACUCUGGAUGGUGGUUGGCACUCUUCUCAGUCUGCUGUGCACACUACCACGAACUCUCAAGAAUCUUUCGUACUAUUCGGUAGCCAGCUUUCUCAGCAUCGUCGGUGCCGUUAUGAUCACCAUGAUCGGAGUCAGCAUCACCAAGCCCGGCUUCGUCAACGGGCAGAUGUCGGUCAGAUUGUGGCCUCAACCGGGGCUCUCUUUCCAGGAUGGGUUCCAGGCCGUGAAUACCAUGGUAUUUGCCUAUGCAGGACAUGUCGCCUUCUUCACGUUCAUUUCGGAGUUGAAGAACCCCAAUGACUUUCCCAAAGCCCUGGCAUUUUUGCAAGUCAGCGACAUCACCAUGUACAUCGUCACGGCCGUGGUGGUGUACAUCUAUGCCGGUGAGAAUGUCAAGAGCCCGGCUUUGGACAGUGCCAGCACAGUCGUCAAGAAAGUGGCGUACGGCAUUGCGAUUCCUACCAUUGUCAUUGCAGGUGUGGUCAAUGGGCACGUCGGGGUCAAAUACGUGUACGUGCGAAUGCUUCAAAACAAACGGGAUGAUUUGAUGCACCAGCCACUCCGACGAAUCAACAAAGAUUCCAACAAGAAGGAGUUCACGAGGUUGGGAAUCAGAUCGUACGGCACCUGGGUGUUGAUCUGUACCCUCUCAUGGGUGGCAGCAUGGUUGAUCGCGGAAGUGGUUCCUGUUUUCAACGAUCUGGUUGGGCUGACCAGUGCCCUGUUCGCGAGUUGGUUCACUUUCGGGCUCAGUGGUAUGUUUUGGAUGCGACUGAACCUCGUGCAAGACCAGAAUGGGAAGCUCCAGAUGGUCCCCUUCAAGUUGUGGACGUGGAAGAUGACUUUGUUGCUUCUGAUCAACUCUUUGAACAUUCUUGUGGCAGCAAUUCUGUGCUUCGUCGGCAUCUAUGCCAGCAUUUCAAGCAUGAUCCAUAAUGGAGCAACCAAGAAGCCAUUCACCUGCGCAGCUUGAGCUUCAAGGGAUGACAAUGCGGUCAGUGACAGGGGUUUAGGAAGGUGUGUCGAGAGUAUUUUCAAGACUUGUUGGACAAGGCUUAGUUGGAUGUGGGAUAUUGGGAUUGAAGGAAUCAGUAAUAAUCUUACAUGCAUCACCGUGGAGGAGGCGAUGAUGUGUGGCUCGUCUAGAAUGUUUGUUUUACAAAAUGGGUUUGGGAAUGGUCUUUGAUGUCGUGUCUGUUGCCGGCGUCGUCUUUUUUUAGAUAGAUCUGGGUCAUGG